UGCAAACCACCGGCUGUGUGGUAUAUAAAACCGGAUUCAGCCGUUAGUCAGACAAGGAAAUUCUUACUUUCCUUCACGGCGGGUGGUUACCGGAGCCCCCCGGAAACAUCAGGAUAUAUUCCUCCCGACGCCCCCCAUAAUUAUUUCAUCAAGUCACCUCGAAAUUUAGAUCUCCAAGACCCUAAGCAGUAAGCCUAACAGCAUAACCAAGCCAUGAUGCAGAUCAGCAGCGAUUCAGCCACCAACAAGCACUCCCUCAUCAACGUCAUGCACCGCUUCAUCGCGGCGGCCAACAACAUGGACGAAACCAUCAUGGUGCCCAGCCUGCUGCGAGACAUGCCCCUGGAGGAGCAGGCCGCCAGCCAGACAGAAACCAAUAACAACAACAUUAACAACUGCCAAAAUGACGAUGAGGUUCAGUGUCCCAGCAAGCAGCAGAGGGACAUGUACGAGCACUACCUGCUGCUAAAGUCCAUCAAGAACGACAUGGAGUGGGGUCUGCUCAAAAGGGAGAUGAGUAGUGGCGCCAGCUUCCUGGAAAUGGCCGUCAAACAAGAGGAACAGCAGAAGAGCAUCAUGGGGGCACUUCCUCUGGAAGACAACGCCGACCUGGAACGCCAGUUUCACUUCCACCUGCGUGGACUCUUUGGGGUUCUGUCCAAGCUCACCUUGCAAGCGGAUCACCUCACCAACCGAUACAAGCGAGAGAUCGGAGGCGGAAACUUCACGAGAUAGGCCUUUCUUCUCGUUCUUCUAACCUUGGGACUGCUUGCGUGAUGGGAUGUGUCACAGGAAUUCUCCUGGCAACAGAGCGGGACUGUCAGCACUGUCCCUGUUGACACAAACCGGUGACGCCCGCGGCACAUCGUCGUCCUCUCUGAGCGGGACGACGAGUGCUUGGUGGAGGUUUACCUGUCCAGAUGAAGCACAGUAGUUCUGCUUUCUGUCCACUGCAGAUUUCACUAUGUUUUGGGUGCGUGCGUGUAUGUGAGAAUAAAAUAUUUUGACUGUAGGAGAAAUUGAAUGCUGGUUAUUCUGUCCCUCCUUUCCCUUUUUAAUUAAUUUACAUGCUGUUUUUAAGAAUGAGCUUGAAGGGCUUUUAUUUCGUCUUAACUGCCGUGCCUUCGGCCCUGUUGAUCGCCAACCGCCUAAUGUUUAAACAUGGUCUUAUGGUUCAUUCUAUUUGUUCUGGAGUUCAUUUUAUAUUGUGUAAAUAAAUAAUUGGAACCUUU